AUGCUUUUAGCUCGCUUGCCUAGAACCAGGGCAUCCCUUAGAACCCCAUUUUUCAUCCGCAGCUUCACCCACAAAGCCAAUUCAGAUGUGGCUUUCGUUUUCGAUAUAGACGGUGUGCUCAUGAGAGGCCAUAAACCGAUUCCACAGGCUCCAAAAGCGUUGAAUUUGCUUAAUGAGCGGAAGAUUCCAUAUAUACUUUUGACCAAUGGCGGUGGCGUUUCUGAAAAAGCCCGUGUGGACUUCUUAUCUGGCCAGUUGGGUGUUCCGUUAUCACCACUUCAGAUUGUUCAGAGUCAUACGCCCAUGAGGGUCUGGGCCCAAGCUGGUAAGUACAAGAGAGUGCUUGUUGUGGGUGGAAACGACGAUAAUGCUCGGUAUGUUGCUGAGGAGUACGGGUACAAAGAUGUGGUGGUGCCAAUGGAUAUAGUGAAGCUGGACCCUUCGGUUUCGCCCCACCACAGGUACCUGGAGAAGCAAUUGGCGACCAUGGCGCGUGCUGUGGACUUGAGUAAGCCAAUUGAUGCUAUUUUGGUGUUUAACGAUCCAAGGGAUAUGGGUACAGACUUGCAGAUUGUGAUGGAUGUGUUGAAUUCGAAGCAGGGAUUGAUUGGAACUAAACGGGGCAUUAACGAGUGGUCAGAGACGCCAGCGGUGCCUAUUGCAUUCAGUAAUAACGAUUUCGUAUGGGCCAACGACUACGUUUUGCCCAGGUUUGGCCAGGGUGCGUUUAGAAUGGUCGUGGAGCGUCUUUAUGCUGAAAUGAAUGGUUUGCAAGGAACCCAAAACCUCCAACUGACCAUUUUGGGUAAACCGUUCCCUGUACAACACGACUACGCCCACUGGGUGCUAAUUGAGUGGAACAAGAUCAUCCAUGGCCACGACAACCAAGGGUUUAUUCCCGAGUUGGAUGUCAAGCCAGAACACUCUCCAUUCAAACAAAUCUACAUGGUGGGAGACAAUCCGGCGUCAGACAUUGCUGGAGCCAAUGCCUGCGGAUGGAGAUCGAUUUUGCUUAGAACAGGCGUUUUCAAAGACGAAGAUUGGGCGGUCACCGAGCACAAGCCCAACGUUGGGGUUUUUGACAAUGUUCUAGAUUCAAUUGAGCAUGUCCUUGAACAGAAACAAUAA